AUGGACGCCCAACAAAUCAACGCCAACACACUCAUUCUGCUUUCUACUGUCUACUAUUUCGUCGAGCGGGUUCUGCGAUAUGCGCUGCGCCGAUGGGACCCACGCUUCUCGAACUUCCUACACCAAACACGCAAGGAUGCGUGCUUCUUUGGAAUAUCCAUGGGGCUGCUGAUCAGCCUACUCUCGACGCCGUCAUGUGCGCGGGGGGCGUGGAACGCCUGGAGCGCCCUGGGCGCCUCCCCUCCCGCCCCUUGGUCGCUUGACGAGGACGUCCAGACAUGCGUGACCGCGCGCGCUGUCCUCUGGAUCUCCGAGCUUAACCGCCUCGACAUGUACACCCUCUACGUCGUGCACCACGCCGGCGCGCUUCUCUCCCUCCUCUCCUUUCUCUAUCUCCAAUGGCCGGUUCUCCCCGUCAUCGCCGUAUUCGCAACACUCGUCUCCGAGAUCCCCGGCGAUUUUCUGUGGAUGCUCUCCGCCUACAUCGAGAGCCUCGACGCGGAUGCGCCGUCGCCCACCACGGGCACGGCCACACUCCCCACGCAGCUACACACGCUUAAGCACCGUCUGACCGUGUUCAACGCACUCCAAUACGCGCUCGUGCGUGGCGCCGGCAUCCUAUUCCUCCUGUGGCUUAUAUUAUCGAACGCUUUCCCCGAAGUCACUCUCAGGACACGCAGCGCCGCCGUCCAGCUGGAGGCAUACUCCCUCGGCAUACUAUACACCGCCUUCUGUGCCGCCUACGUCGUGCGCCAGUACCGCAGCAUUCAGGGCCAUCGCAGGGCCGCGGCCUUUGCUCGACGCAGUCAUUCAGUGCUGUAUAGCGAGAAGUUUGUGCAAUGA